AUGCCAAGAAACCCUAAUGACCGGGUUCAAGUGGCGAAGGAUCUAGAGAGAGGCGAGGCGGAGGUUGAGUUAUCUUGCGACCCGAAGAAGCCCCUUGUUGCCAUGGCUUUUAAGAUUCAGAUGAAGCCCGAGAAGUACAACAAGCAACAGCAGGAGAUAUUGUUGCUGUUGGGGGCCUUCUAUGUCAUUCGGGUUGGCAACGAAAUCCCCCCCAAUUUUAUUGGCUCCAUAGAACGCGGAUUCCUCGAGGCAGCACAGCGGGGGCCCCUCAUGGGGGCCCCCCUUGUUAAUACCCGGUUCGUGUUGCAGGGGGGCAAGGCCCACGACGUAGACUCAAGUGACCUUGCAUUCCGCCUGGCAGCAGCGGGGGCCCUGCGUACGUUUGCUGCUGAGAGUUUACCUGUGGUGCUGGAGCCGCUGAUGGUGGUGGAGCAACAGCAGCAGCUGCAGCAACAGCAGCAGCUGCAGCAACAGCAACAGCUGCAGCAACAGCAGCAGCAGCAGCUGCAGCAACAGCAACAGCUGCAGCAACAGCAGCAGCAGAAGCAACAGCAGCAGCUGCAGCAACGGGAUUUUGCGAUUUGUCUUUUCAUAGAAAUAAUGACAAGAGGGCAAUAG